AUUGAACCAUAGACUCAAUCCCUUCCAUGAUUCCUUCUCCAGAUCAAGACUGAACCUCUGAGUCCCCAAAGAUUAAUUAAUCUCAUAAACCCAUAUAGACCCAUUUAAGUAAUCUCAAUCAUGGGUCAUAGAAUUUUAAUUAAAGCACUCUAGUGUGUGUGUGUGUAGAGGAGAGCUCUGCUGCUUGUUGAGAGUUAUUGGUUCCCCCAUAAAAGAGCUUUCAAGAAAAUCUCUUUGGGCAUUGAGCUUUUGUUUUUGGGUUUUGCUGUCAAGUGUCAACAUCUCUCCCUGGUAGAACAUGUGGGGUUCCAUGCUUUUGCCUCCUCCAAGAACAUCAUAAAGAUGGAAUCUGGGAGUAGGUUUUACUCAGGUGAUGAGUUCAGAUUGGAUUCCAAAUGGCUGAUUGAUCCUAAGCAUCUGUUUGUUGGGCCAAGAAUUGGAGAGGGAGCUCAUGCCAAAGUGUAUGAGGGCAAAUACAAAAACCAGACUGUUGCAAUCAAAGUUCUUCAUAAAGGAGAAACUCCAGAGGAGAUCACCAAGAGACAAGGGCGGUUUGCUAGAGAGGUUGAAAUGUUGUCUAGAGUUCAGCAUAAGAAUUUAGUGAAGUUUAUUGGUGCCUGCAUGGAGCCAGUAAUGGUGAUAGUUACUGAGCUUUUAUUGGGUGGGACAUUGCGUAAAUAUUGCCUUAACAUGCGGCCAAGGUGCUUGGACACACGAGUUGCUGUUGGUUUUGCCCUAGAUAUUGCUCGUGCAAUGGAAUGCUUACACUCUCAUGGGAUCAUACACCGUGACCUGAAGCCUGAGAACUUACUCCUGACUGCGGACCACAAAACAGUUAAACUAGCAGAUUUUGGGUUAGCAAGAGAAGAGUCAUUAACAGAGAUGAUGACUGCUGAAACUGGAACAUACCGAUGGAUGGCUCCAGAGUUGUACAGUACUGUUACGUUAAGGCAGGGAGAGAAGAAGCAUUACAACCAUAAAGUGGAUGCCUAUAGCUUUGCCAUUGUUUUGUGGGAACUCUUACACAAUAAAUUGCCUUUUGAAGGCAUGUCAAAUCUCCAGGCAGCAUAUGCAGCAGCUUUUAAAAAUGUGAGGCCCAGUGCUGACAACCUCCCAGAGGAGUUGAAUCUCAUCCUAACUUCCUGCUGGCAGGAGGAUGCAAAUGCUCGACCCAAUUUCAGCCAGAUAAUUCAAAUGCUACUGGAUUAUCUUUACACCAUAGCUCCUCCUGAGCCUGCGAUUCCUUCUCGGAUUUUCACCGAGAACACUGUCUUGGCUCCAGAGUCACCUGGUACAAGCUCCUUGAUGGCAGUACGGGAUGAUGGGGAGACGCCCAAAGCACAAAUGGAAGAUGAGCCAAGAGGAUUUUUCUUCUGCUUUAAACAGUGUUAUUGACUGCUAGGCAACUAGUUGAAGAGAAGAUCUCUACCUGUGUCGUUCGGGUCAAUAAUAUCCAGAGGGCACCUCCUAAACAAUAGAAUCUAGUCCGGGAAGUACAUUUUGGUAACAUGAUAAAAAAAUUAAGUUGAUCAAUAUUCAUAAUGUCCUACAUUGUAUAUUCUCUGUUGAGAUUGGAUCUCGUCAAUAUGUAGUAUCUUAGAUCAGAUUAGAUAAAAUACUGUGGAGUUGGGUUUCCUUGUGAGGCUUAACCUUAACUUGUUGGAUAUGAAAUGCAACUUCAUUUCUUUGUAAGAAGAGAAGGAAAGGACUCUUCUAUAUGGGUUUCAUUAUCUAU